AUGCGCGCUUCGGUCCUCCGACGAGCACUCCAGGGCUCUCCCUCUCGGAACCUGAACGUGGGCUAUCCACGCUUCCGGACCUCCGAGGACAUGUACAAGCACCUUCGGGGGCUGACAGAGCAAGGCGGCGACUUUACAGUGCGGAACUUUGUAGGUGUCAUUGAGGACAUGACUCAUCGUUUCGAGACACCCCUCUUUCCUGCCGGCGCGCUCGAUUUCUACACCAAAAAAAACAUGGGUUGGCCUUACACCCAAGAGGAGUCGGACAAAUGGCAGAUGGAGGAGCGAGGAGGUGAGCAAGGCGACUACCGAGACGGCAUGCAGGAGAAGAUUGCCAAUGUCAUCGCUUGUCUGAAGAGCGAGCCCAGGUCGAAGAGGGCGAUUAUCCCGAUACCGUUCUCCUCAGAAGGGAGCAAAACCGUAGAUUGGACGAACAAGGGACAAACAAAGUGUUGUCGUGAGUUGCACCUGUACAUAGAGGACAGCCAGCUGAAGUGCACGGGCAUCCUGCGUAUGCAAAAUGCCAACAUUUUCCCAAAGAACAUCCACUUCUUUCAGACGCUGCUGCUGCACGUGGGAAGCGAGCUGGAGCUGCCAGUUGGAGACUACACGCAUUGGAUCAGCAACCUCUGCUUCGACAGAGAUGCGAUUAGCUGCUGA